UGUAAGAGCUGUUCUGAAAGAGUGCCGCGAUCGUUGAGCUGCAGUCUGAUAAAUGCGUGAUUUCUCCGAAGUUGUUUUGUUUUCUGUAGCCGGUUGUCGCAUUUUAACUCUGUAUCGUAUGAGAUUAUUGUCAUAUGUGAGUCUUACGGGAAAGUAACGGGUUGUUACAGGGAAGAACAGCGACGGUCUCUCCAUAGGAAUUUCUUCGUUAGCGGCAGCUCAACCACCUUGCGGUCUUGCUAGCACGGGGGAUAGUUAACGUUAGCUGCAGCUGUGUUGUGGUGUGAAACUGUUGGAGAUCUGCUGAGAUAUGCAUUUAACCAGAGGCGUUUUAAAACAAGUCGCCAGAGUUUGAGAUAAACAACAGGGGCUGUUAGCUCGAGACCUAGCCACUUAGCCGAGCUAGCUAGCUAACGCUACCGGAUUGUCUUUCACAAAAGGGCAACGCGUGAUCAAGAGAGUUGGUAGCCAAACUAACGCUAUUUUCACUGUUUUUAUUUAUUGGGUUGUUGCAAAAAGAGCAUAACAGCGUACAGAAUGAAUGGAUUUAGCACAGAGGAAGACAGCCACGACGGACCGCCGGCUCCGCCGUUUUACGGGCAGAGCUGCUGUCUGAUCGAGGACGGUGAGCGUUGCGGCCGGUCAGCUGGAAACGCCUCCUUCAGCAAGAGGAUCCAGAAGAGCAUAUCACAGAAGAAGCUCAAACUCGACAUUGAUAAGAGCGUGAGACACCUCUAUAUCUGUGACUUCCACAAGAACUUCAUCCAGAGUGUCCGCAACAAGAGGAAGAGGAAGACCAGUGACGAUGGAGGAGAGUCCCCGGAUCAUGAUGUGGAGGUGCCUGAGGUCGACCUUUUCCAGCUGCAGGUGAACACGUUGAGACGCUACAAGCGACACUACAAGCUGCAGACCAGGCCCGGACUCAACAAGGCCCAGCUGGCAGAGACGGUGAGUCGUCACUUCAGGAAUAUUCCAGUGAACGAGAAGGAGACGCUGACCUACUUUAUUUACAUGGUGAAGAGCAGCAAGAGCCGCUUGGACCAGAAAGGUGACGGCGGCAAACCGCUGGACUAAACUUUGCAGUAGCUUCAACAAAAUCAACAAUAAUCCACGGCUUUUCGCGAAUACUGGACACCACUAACAGCAACAACAACCAAAACCAGCUCCUCCUGCAACCCUGCCACCGUCCCACUCCUUUGUAAGACCACAACACAAACUCUUGAUGUCCUUAGAGGACCUGUCUCUGAAAUGGAGAAUAAUACAGGGUGGGAUGAGCUGUCUUUUUCUCAUUUUUCCCUCUUCACGUAAAAACUGUAUCUGCGCAUGUUGUCAAAAUGGUCAUUUCCAAUUCCUCUCCUCCGCAAAAGCCAGGUCUCUAAAGACUGUCGAGGACCAGGACUCACUCCGCAGGGUUUGACGUCGUCAUGCUGUAAUGUAAACUGUCGAUAUGUACAAAAGAACAGCGCCUGAUCUUAAGUAAGUUGGUUGAAUGCAAUGUACGUUAUAGCUGCCUUAAGAGUACAAAACACAAGGGGUAUUUUUUUUCUUUGCCGAGUUGACUGUUAACACGUUCACCGAGAGAAAUGCUUGUGCCAAACAGGAAAGCUUGUUGGACUUGAAUGACAGUGAG